AUGGACAACGACCAGACGUUCAUCGCGCCCGAAGGCGUCUACUCGACGCUCGAAGAGCACAAGCCGACGGCGCCGACGCAUCUCGCCCCGCCCGCGCUCUACCCGACCAAACUAGCGACCGUCCACGUCCGCUUCCCGCACUCCAAACAGCCCGCACCAGGCCUCGGCCAGCUCCUCACAACGUGGCAGCCGAAAGAAAAGGACAAGGAUAAAGGCCCGCCCGCGCCCGACGGCGCAUCAAUCUCUUCCUCCGACACACCCGACGCCGAACAGCUCAACCAUUCCGACGACCCGCUCAUCGAGCCGCCCGCAACACCGCAUCUCUUCGGCUCCGCUCCACUAUCCGCACACGGCUCGGGCCGCCGCGCCGCGCGCCCGAAACAGCAUAAUCUACGCACGACCAGCUCUACUUUCGUCACGCGCUUACAUGGCGCCGAAGGUUUGAGCAAGACGUUGGGCGCCAAAGCGGGCGAAGUCACAUAUCUAUUCUAUAACGCGGCGAAGAACUUUUAUUGGGCGGAGUUGGGCGUUAAGGCAAAGGAGCCGCUUGCGAGGAUAUCGUUCUCGGCGUAUCCGACUUGUCAUGAUGUGAACCAGCAUACGGCGGCGCAUGAUCGGCUUGACGUUGUGGUGGGGUUCGCUUCAGGGGAUCUUAUUUGGUUCGAUCCUGUCAGUUUACGCUACGCGAGGAUAAACAAGCAGGGACGAAUAACCGCCUCCCCAUGCACGGCUGUCCGCUGGGUCCCCUCAUCACCCAACCUCUUCCUCGCCUCACACGCAGACGGCACAAUCAUAGUCUACGACAAAGACCGCGACGACGGUGCAUUCACACCUGGAGCCCCUCGUGCAGAUGGAGACGCAGAGGGUGAAUGGAAUCCGCUUGAUAGCAUGUUCGUUACUAUGCCGCCGUGGCACCCGGUUGGAGCUGCGGCCAGCGGUGGGGAGGGAAAGAAGGAGAAGGCGGAUAAGGCGCCGAGGAAUCCGGUUAGCCAUUGGAAGGUCAGCAAGAGGGCUAUCGUUGACUUCGUAUUCAGCCCGGACGUCAAGUAUGUUGCUGCAAUCAGCGAAGACGGAUGUCUACGCGUGAUCGAUGCACUCGCGGAACAGCUCAUGGACUGCUACGCGGCCUACUUUGGCGCAUUGACAAGUGUAGCGUGGUCGCCCGACGGCCGGUUCAUCAUCACUGGCGGCCAAGAUGACCUCGUACAUAUAUUCUCACCUUGGGAAGGGCGCGUUAUAGCGCGCUGUCAAGGACACAGCUCAUUCGUUUCAGCCCUCGCAUUCGACGACUCACGAUGCGACGGGCGGACGUACCGCUUCGGAUCCGUCGGCGAGGACAACAAGCUCAUCCUCUGGGACUUCUCCUCAGGCAUCCUCCACCGCCCAAAACACGCCCCCCACACCAUGUCCGCCCGAACAGGUAGCACAUCCUCCCUCCGCGCCUCGCGCCGGCGCGAAGGAUCCACCCUCCACCUACCGCCCGGCGAUGGCCCAUUACCACGCUAUCACCCCGCACCAUCACGAAAUGAAGUCGCAGUCGUACAGCCUGUACUCGUGAAACAGCUCGAUGGGCCCGAGCUGCUUGUGGGCGUACAGUUCUUGCCAAGACAUGUGUUGACGGCGACGAAGACGGGGAACAUUAGGCUUUGGGUUAGGCCGUUGAGCGUGGGGAGUGUGAGGACUCCGAGGAGUGCGGUCGAGCCGGAGGAUGUUGGGUAG